AUGUCUCUCCUGCGGCCCUCGUGCGCUGCUGGGCGACGCCUGUGUGCGUGGCCAUCGCGCACCGAGGCCACGACGACGCCGUCCCUGUCCCCGAUCCUCGCCCUGCUGCGACCACCCGCGGCCUCUCGCCCGCCCGGCCGCGGCUUGUCGCACGCCCCGCGCCUCGCUGCCCCCGUCGUCGACCCGCCGCCCAGCCCAGCGGCCGGGAAGCAGCAGCAGCAGCAGCAGCAGCAGGCCCAGAAGCAGGCCGCGCGCACCGUGCGGAUAGGCCCGCUGCCAGGGGGACGUGCCAGCGACGACGUGAUCCGGCGCAUCUUCGGGCGCAGACUGUCGCCGGCCGAGGGCAACAAUGUGCUGCGCAUCCUGCACCACCGCCGCACCGCCGGCUCGCUGGCCGACUACGGGGUCGACCAGCUGGGCAGCCAGUACGCCCACGUCGACCGCGCCCUGGCCCUCCGCGGGCUCAACUGGCUGCGCGACCGGUACCCCGUCGACGAGGCCGUCGCCGCCGAGCAGUGGGCUGAGCGCGAGGCCAACCGCAUCGCCUACGAGCUGUGGCUCGCCGACCCGGAGACCGAGUCCAAGUACAAGCACCCCGCCCGCGCCUUCCGCGAGCAGAUGCAGAGGGAGGAGGCCGAGCGCCAGCAGCACGCCCGCGACGACCAGAAGAUCGGCAUCCUGCACGUCGGCCGGAGCCAGUUCGAGCGCAACAUCGAGGAGAAGCGCCACGCCCGCCUCGCCGAGGCCACGCGCAACGCCGAGCUCAAGGAGCAGCGCGAGAGGGACAUGGACGCCCAGCUGGCCACGGGCGAGUGGGUCAAGACGCCCAGCGGCAAGCAGCUCAUGAAGCCCCACCAGACCACCUACGUCGACGUCUUUGGCAACGAGCAGGUCAGCCGCCGCAGCGAGGAGCGCGCAAAGUACGAGCAGCGCGCCGUCUCGGGCUUCAAGGACCCGGAGGAGAUGCUGUCCAAGACGACGCUGUCCCAACGCCUCUACCCCAUGACCGCCUUUGUCCUCUUCGUCUCGCUCCUCAGCUGGGCGUUCGCCCACUACUACACCCCUCCCGCGCCCGAGUACCGCCUCUUCCCCGACCUGUCUCCCACCACCGCCACCAUGGCCGCGCUCCUGGGCGCCAACCUCGUCGUCGCCAUCGCCUGGCGCAUCAUGCCGCUGUGGCCCCUCAUGACGCGCUACUUCAUGCACGUCCCCGGCUACCCACGCGCCGCCCAGAGCGUCCUCAACGUCUUCUCCCACGUCCAGUACGAGCACCUGCUCGCCAACAUGAUGAUGCUCUGUCUCGUCGGGCCCGUAUGUCUCGACCUCGUCGGCCGCGGCAUCUUCAUGGGCACCUACAUCAGCGCCGGCGCCGUCGGCACCCUCGCCUCGCUCUACUGGGCCAACCUGGGCCGCGGCAGCAUCACCGCCCACUCCGUCGGCGCAUCCGCCGCCAUCUGGGGCAUCGCCGCCCUCUACUGCCUCCUCACUGACGCCGAAACCAUCCAGAUCCCCUUUGUCAAAGACCUGCAAGUCAGCUUCUGGCCCAAGAUGCUCUUCGCUGCCUUUGUCGCCCUCGAGAUCCACAAUGCCCUCAGGGGGAAGCGCGCCACCAUGGACCACGCGAGUCACUUUGGCGGCAUGCUCGUUGGAAUCGGCACAGCCGGCUAUCUGAGGUACACUGGCUUUCCGCAUACCAUUCGCAGUGCGCAGACUGGGGUUGCACAGGAGGAGAAGACGGUUGACGUUGGGGCCCGCGCCAGUGAAGCUGUUGGGGAGGUCAAGGAUGGCGUCAAGAGGAUUGUGAAGUAG